AGAGAGAGAGAGAGAGAGAGAGAGAGAGAGAGAGAGAGAGGCACGUCGGUUCAGUCGAGCGGCGGACGGCGUCCAGCUAACAGCCAACGUGAACCGGAGCAGGACCAUGAGAGGCUACUAUUUCGUCGGCUUGGCGGUCGUCCUUGCGGCACUGCUGCUGACCGCGGAUGCCGGGGACAUGCUGCGCAAAAGCAUCGUCUUCGACAAGAACACCCCGGACGUGUUCUACUGUCCGGUGCACAAGCCCACGGGCUUCGACAAGAUGAUUGUCAAGGCCAAGCCGCUGUCGCGACUUUGUCAGUUUGAGGGCGGACCCAUUCCCAAGGACUACAAGAGCGACUGCUACAACGACGUCGACGAGAGCGACUACGCCUGCAAGGAGAAGUACAGGAUCAUGAAACGACUGAGGAACGCGGACAGCGAUCAGCAAGUGCCGUUGGACAACGAGUACACCGACAAGUAGGAUGACUCAGCUGGACGCGCUUCUGAUUAGCUUGUUAACUACAUCGCAUUAAUCGCCCAAAUUAAUGGAUUACACACUUGCGAUUUUCUUUGUAUAUUAUUCACACACUGUGUUCUCAUCUUACGCACCUAUCUCUUUCAGUAUUUCGCUUUCUUUCGAGCGUACCGAUGACGAGUAUCUUUUUUAGUCUUUCCUCGUGUAUUAUUUUCGCGAUUUUAUUUCCGAGCUGGAAGAUAAGAUUGCUGAGAAUCGACGGCGAUUGGUGCAUUAACGUCGUUAGAAUUAAUUAGUCGAAAUUGAAGCCAACGAAUUUUACAUUUUUGUUGUUGUUUUUUCUGUUCUUUUUUUCUUAUUUUUUUUCUUUUUUGUAAAUAACAGAUUUUCCAAAACCGAACUUUACAGCGCGUUAAGUAUUAAGUUAGAAAGGCUAAAUAAGUGGGACAACCGAAUUCCUUUGCGUUAGAUUCUCGUUAUCGCCGGUUAAACACCUACAAAUCGAAACUAUGUAAGUGAUUAUCUGUAAAAGUACUAUGUUACAGUGAAAGAAGA